CAAGAUUCUUUGCUAUCCUAUGCUUUUCUUUUGCACUCGUGUUUUUUAUUUAAUGACCUAAUUCUGUUCAUCCACAGAGUUUCAUGUCAGAUUCCUAUUAAACUUUAGAUAUGAUGAGUGAUUCCAGUGUUUUCAUAAAAGAAGAAAUGAAAGAUGAAUCUGAAUCUACUUAUUUAUGGGACUCUGGUGUUUCUAUUAAAGAAGAAAUAGAUGAAACUGAGCACAUUAGUGGACCUAUUGAUGUGAAACAAGAAGAAUUACUUGUACCAGAUGAUGCCUGUACAAUCAUUAUUAAGGAAGAACCACAGAAUUAUUCUGGCACCCAAGAUUCAUCCAGUGAGAUAGAGGAUCAAAAUAAAUUGAACAGAUUUGUGAUAUCUGACCCUAUAUGUGUAAUCGCUCCAGAUAAAGGGGAGAGGUUUCAUCAAUGUCCCUUUUGUGAUUAUAAAUCAAUGCGGUCUCGAGAAGAUUUAAAAAGACAUGUAAUGUCCCAUAGUACAGGGGAGAAGCCUUAUCAGUGUCCUCAUUGUGAAUACAAAACUGUAAAAUUUAAAUAUUUUAAAGCACAUAAAGUGUUUCAUUACACAGGCGAGAAGCCUCAUCAUUGUUCUGAUUGUAGUUAUAAAUCAGUUAGUGCUGCUAGUUUAAAAAAACAUAUAAUGUCCCAUCACUCAGGAAAGAAGACUCAUCAAUGUCCUCAUUGUAAUUACAAAUCAAUGAAUCUUGAACAUUUAAAAAGACAUAUGAGUGUUCCACAUACAGGUGAGAAGCUUCAUCAUUGUUCUCAUUGUGAUUAUAAAUCAGUAAGUUCUACUAAUUUAAAAAGACAUAUAAUGUACCGUCACACAGGGGAGAAGCCUUAUGAGUGUCCUCAAUGCGAAUAUAAAGGCGUUCAAUUUUCUAAUUUAAGAUCACAUAUAAUGGCUCAUCAUACUGAGAUCAAGCCUUAUCAUUGUUCUGAUUGUGAUUAUAAAUCAGUUACUUCUUCAGAAUUAAAAAAGCAUAUGAUGACCCAUCACACUGGAGAGAUGCCUCAUCAAUGUUCUCAUUGUGAUUUUAAAUCAGUAAAUUCUGCUAAUUUAAGAAGACACGUGAUGUUCAAACACACAGGUGAGAAGCCUUUUCAAUGCCCUGACUGUGAUUAUAAAACCGUUCAACUUUGUAAUUUAAAAUCACAUAAAAUGUUUCAUCACUCAGAUGGGAAGCAUUAUCAUUGUUUGCAUUGCGAUUAUAAAUCAGUUAGUCCUGCAAAUUUAAAAAGACAUGUAAUGUCCCGUCACACUGAGAUAAAUCCUUAUCAAUGUUCUCAUUGCAAUUAUAAAUCAGUAAAACUUGGCCAUAUAAAAAGACAUAUUAUGGCAAAACAUUCAGAUGAAAAGCCAUACCAAUUUCCUCAUGGUUAAAUAUAAAACUAUUAAUUUUGGUAAUUUGAAAAGACAUAUAAUGGCUCAUCAUUCAGCUGAGAACCCUUAUUAAUUAAGGAUUGCCAAAAAUCAAAUUACGUUUGUGCCUACUUCAUACAUGAGCCUAGAUGUUUGUCACGUCAUUAAAAUCAUUAGAAAAUAGAAAUGUUCUCCUAAAAAGGUACCACAAAUGUAUUUGGGGUGUAUAGGUCAACCUUACAAAAUAAAGGAAUACAAUUAAAUUCUAUUGUUUCUACUAAUAAUAACUUUGAAUGAAGAUGUUGGUAGUGGAUGUGAAGAUAGAUAUGAGAACAAAACAGCUAAGGCGUGCUCAAUAAAUAUCAAUGAUUCAAGAAAUGUUUACUGAAGCUGUGAAUGGACGCUAAGGCGUUUUUUUAAAUUUGGUAUGGGGAUAGCAACAUCAUUGGUCAUAGAGACAUGUUUUGCUCCAAAAAAGAUUGCAACAAUAAGAAAAACUACUUUGAAAGGCUAUUUUAAAAGUUAAUACAUCAUUAUUUUGGCCAUAAAGCUCCUCAGAUGAAUGACAGUUAACACCCACAAAAAUUCUUAGUUUUAUCAAGAGAUGAACAAGAGGAAGUCCGGCUGUUAUGGAGAGGUACUAGAUGUUGACCCAGAAGUAACAAAUAGGAUUUGCAAAGCCAACCAAGCUUAUUACCCUGUGAUCAACAACUCAGCGGGACAGGGAGAUGUUGGUAAGGAAACUAAAAGACAUAUAUACAGGUCUAUAUACUUCCUAACCCUCACUUAUAGAAGUGAAAGUUGGGUUAUGCUGAACAAGCAGGUAGCCGGAUGACAGGUGUUCAGAUGAAAUUCCUGUUAAGAGCCUUUAGAAAUAUCAGGAGAGACUGAAUUAGGAAUGAACGGAUAAGAGGAGAGAUGGAGGUGGUGAAGCUAAAGACCUCACUUACUUACCAAGGUGUUGUGUACAGCAGAUAGCAGGAAGGAGAGAGAAAACCCUUCAAGAAAUAAGGCAGCUUAGAGUAAGAGCCAUGGCUGCCCUGAAUUUAGUUCUCGAGACUAGGAGAAGAGGAUAUUAUUAGACAAAGAAGAAGAUAUUAUUAUUUAAUAAUUCCGAACAUUUGCUUCAAUUCAUUGAAUAGCAUGUCUAAUGACGUGUACUUUGCAGAAAAAACAUAUGUAAAUUUAUGUUAAUCUAAUCUUCAACAAACUAAGGUUUGUGAAACAUGUAAUUUUGUAAGCAAAGGGAAUUUUAUAUUCAUAAGUAUAAAUGUAGAUAUAAUUUUGCAGAAAGGACUUCAUAGUAGGGUGGUGACCGUCCUAGAAAACCUGAAAAAUGGAAAACGUCAGGGAAUUUUUUUAGUUCCUAAGUAUUUUUUCAAAUUAGACAAAUAUAUGUAAUUCAAAGAUGGAAGAUUUUAAUCCAAUGUUUUAAACUAUAAAACUACAUCACUAUUCCAACUUUCUGCACUCAUCGUAUUUUAAUAAAUAUGUUUUAUGUUCUUCCUUUAAAUUAUUGAGAGA